GUUGGCGGUUUCCUCAGUUUCGCUUCUCUGCUACUUGGACGUCAGAGGCGCCGUUAAUUUCCGUUACACGGCGAGACAUUGGGUUGCGUUCUGCGGAACAAUCGCCGAGUUGUCGUCUUGUCGGACACUCGACGGUUCUGAGGGUAAAGAACCAAUCAUGUUCGAGUGCCGCAAAGCUUGUUCUGCCGAACGCAGCAAUUGUGAGGAAAAGUGGAGAUAUACUCAGCGGUCGCUGAUUGGUCGCGGAGAGAGCAGCCUCGGGACGAACUUUUCUCGAAGUUCACUUGCGCGUCUACAUGCGUGUUCGCGUUCUAUGGACGAAAGCCCGGGAUUCGUAAAGUUAGGUCGCAAAAAUCAAAUUGUGUUCCGUGGAAGAGCGUCAAAAACAAGAUUUUCGUCAAAAAGUUUUGCUAUCGAGAAAUGUCUUACCACAGCAUGAAAUCGUCCGCUCACGGAUACUGCGAAGCGAUCUUCUCAACCUCGCCGAGGAAUUCCAACAAGGAGAACGCCGUUCCCGUCGCAAAAGCAAAUAAAAGCGAGUUUUCUUCCGCAUCCAAUGAGACGGCUGCUUCGAGCAAAAAUCAAAGUGCAAUGAAAAAGACGCAGCAGUGCCCGUUUCAGAAGGUGUCGAAACAAGACAUAACGGAAACCUUAGGACCGCCGAAGAAGAUUCCGUCCAACACUGACUUGUCACGUUCGAAAUCUGCAACCUCGGCGAAACAGGAGGAUGCGGCAGGUUUUGGUAGUACGACAUCUAACGAUAAAGCAAAAACACCUUCGGUUAGAACAAAAUUCACAAGUGGCUUGUCUGGCGACAAAGCUGUGCACUUUUCUACCCCCAAGCCUUCGAAGGCGACAAAUACACCUUGCGCCAGUACAGUAAAGUUCAAUCUUCUACCAUCCACGAGGACACCUAUAAAACAUUAUUUCAGUGAUCACGCUUUGUCCCAAAACACUCCAGACUGUUUCAACGCAGUUCAUUUGGAGACUCCAUCUCACAAACCUGAAGACACAGCAGUCAGUGAGCAGACAAUAUACGAGGGUGAAAGCAGCAAUCUUACUGUUGGAAUUCGCAUCAGACCCUUGAAUUCUAAAGAGCUAAAUGAUCCAAAAGUUGCAAUAGUCGUUCAAGGAAAUGGUCAGAAUGUUAUAGUAGAAUGUGACUCUACAGAACAUACUUUUACCUACGAUCAUUGCUUCGUUUCUUAUAAUGAUCCGAUCACACCUGGUCACGCUAGUCAGGCGAUUGUUUUCCAGAAUAUGGUGUUGCCUUUGGUGCAAAACGCAUUUGAGGGUUACAAUGUCUGUUUGUUUGCGUACGGACAGACGGGAUCUGGGAAGAGUUACAGCGUAAUGGGAACCGAAUCCGCUCAAUUGAACGACGAAAAUGUCGGUAUUAUACCUCGAUUUUGUCAGGAGAUAUUUACUCGAGCGGAUAGCAACAAGCAGAUCGAGACUACGGUGGAAAUAAGCUAUUUCGAAAUAUACAACGAAAAGAUACACGAUCUCUUGGCGAGCACGAGUAACGGAUCGAAGAAAGCCCCGCUUAAAGUGAGAGAGCAUCCUGUAUUCGGUCCUUACGUCGUGGACCUGAGCCAGCAUUGUGUGCAAAAUUACAAAGACUUGCAGACUUGGCUCAAAGUAGGAAACUCGCAAAGAGCCACAGCAGCGACCGGUAUGAACGAGAAAAGUUCGCGAUCUCACAGCAUCUUUAGCAUCGUAUUAACUCAGUCGCGAUCGAAGGACCAGUUGGACUCUCGACAGGCACUCGACACCAAUCGCCGUAGUAAAAUCAAUCUGGUAGACUUGGCUGGUAGCGAGAGAUUGAGCCAAACUUCUGCCACUGGUGACAGAUUAAGAGAAGGCGUUUCCAUCAACAAAUCUUUACUCACUUUGGGUAAGGUCAUCGCGACGCUCACGGAGAACACAAACAAUCGCAAGCAGGGAUUUGUGCCUUAUCGCGAAUCAGUACUGACCUGGCUGCUAAAAGAGAGUUUGGGUGGAAAUUCUCGAACGGCUAUGUUGGGUACGGUGUCGCCGGCCAAUAUUCACGUGGAAGAAACUUUAGCGACUCUCCGCUAUGCUUGUCAAGCCAGAGCUAUAGUCAACAGGAUCAGAGUCAACGAGGAUUCGUACGACCGAUUAAUACGCGAAUUAAAAGCCGAGAAGCUACGUUUGCGCACAAUUUGCGACACGUACGAGAAACAACUUGGAAUUUCCGGAAUUACGCCCCGUCGAUUGCUCGAUUGUUUCGAACCGCCGCCAGCCCAGUCUGACGGGGAAAUUAAGCGAAAACAAAAGGAGAUUGAUAAAUUGAGGGGACAAUUGAAGAAAACGGAGGAACAACUGGCCGUCACUCAGAUUGUCAUUGAAAAUAAUGGGGGAAAAUUGAUUCUAAUACCUGAAAAGACCGCCGAUACGUACGUUAACGGACAGAUAAUAAGCGGAAAAAUAAUACUCAACCACGGUGAUCGCUUGAUCAUAGGUGGUAAUCACUAUUUCAAAGUAUUAAAUCCACACGAUGAUCAACCUAGCAAUGUCAAACAAGUGAUAGACUACGAUUUCGCCCAUCAGGAAAUUCUUCGGGUACAGGAACAAAAAUUGAGAACAGAAUUGGAGGAGUCGAAGCAAAAAGCGAUAAAAGAACUGGAAGAUGCGAAGCGCGAAGUGGAAUUACAACUCUGUUCACAGAAAUCGAACUAUGAGAAUAAAAUCCAAUCUCUCAGCUUUACUGUGGAAAAGCAAAAGGAGGCGCUCGAGAAAAUUAAUCGCAGAAAAGAGGAAUUGGAAUUGGAAAAGGAAUUACUCGCCACGGAAGUGGAAACGAACAAUAAAAUUAAAAAUCUGGAAUUGGAGGAAAGUAAGGCGAUGUUGUCACCGUAUAAAUCAAAUUUUCUGGAAGAACUCGUGAAAAUUCUAAAUGACACAACCGCCGAUGCCGAAAGUGCUCUGAAAACAGAGGUAAGCAAGGUGGAAUCAAUAACCGCCGGUGGAAUUAGUUUGCACGAGAUGCAAGUACUCGUCAAAGAAGCCACUCAACGAUGCAAGGAAGGCGGAUUUAAAUAUGAAUUUGAUCAACAACAAAUAGUGGUGGAAAAGAAUUUGCGGCCGGUAGUUCGUGUCCGCGAUACAGCGCGCGUGAUGGAAACGCUGUGGCAACCGGCGGACUUUCUGGACUGGAUCCAUCGUUUGAGAAACUGUGACAUAGCAGACUCGAUAAAAGAACUGCAAAAGCGCGAAUGCGAUUGGGAGCCGUACAAAGCUUCCGAGAAUUCCCUGAACAACAGACGAAUUUCAAUAAACAUGACGCCUGUGAAGAAGCAGCUGAACGAAAGCUUGCAUCAUUUGUCUAUGGACGCGUCGAUGUUGGAGGUGACGUUGAACGAUCGAACGUCCGUGACAACGCACAAUCAAACACAGGAAGACAUAAAGGCCUGUCUCACUCAAAUCGAAAUCGCCGCAAAAACACUGAACAAAUUGUGUUCCCGUAAUCCGACGUACGACAACAAGUCAGUCGUUGAAUCGUUAAGUAAAAUCCAAGAUAUCGUCGAAAUCUUAAAAAAUAUUUUCAAGAAUCAAGACUCGAGUGACGAAGCGAGCGCGAGCACGAUAAGCAGCAAUAAUACCGUUAUCCACGUGAUAAAUGACACAAAAACUAGUUCACUAAAUAAAGAAGAUAAGAACAAAUGCGAGAAAAAGAAUACAAAUUCUGCAAACGAUGACAUCAAUCGCGAUAAACCAUUGACGGAAAGCGAUGUUGUUUGCAAUUCGUCAAGCGAAGACAGUUUGUCGAAGUUCUAUACACAAUCUGACUUACGUCAGACGUAAUCCGAGAACGCUAAAAAAAAAAAAAAAAAAAAAAAAAAAAAAAAAAACAUGAGA